AUGGUUGUAAUAAAUUUUCAAUGCAAUGAAAUAUAUUAUGCAGCGUACAGUAACGAAUGGUAUUCUCUGGAUCCAAAAAUUGCAAAAGAUUUGCUGCCCCUAUUGAUAAGGGGUACUAAACCAGUCUACCUUACUGCUGGAAAAAUAUUUCCCAUGACAAUGACCACAUUUUGUGGCUUAAUAAAAACAUCAGCUGGUUACAUAUCCGUCUUACAUACAACAAGAAGUUGA